GGGCCUGCAGAGGGCAGCGGCGGGCGCGCUCGGGGGCGGCGCCGGGCCGGGCCCGCCAGGCUGGCCCCGGGGCUCGUUCCAGCCGUGCCGUGUGCUCCGCAGCUGGCCCGGAGCCAUGUGUGCUCCUUGACGGAGGAUCGAGGGACGCGCGGCCUCACUGCCUGCCUGCCUGAUCAGACACGGGGCUCUGUCGUGACUCGGGUUUUAGGGCGGCCCGGGGCUGCUUUUCCAGCAGCCCGGUCGGGUGGGGAAGCAGCCUCGGUGUGACGGGCGGAAGGCGGCCGGGCGGCGCCGCCCCGCGCGGCCAUGGCGGCGGGCGAGCGGCGGCGGCAGCUCCCGGCCUGGAUGGGGGCGGCGGGGCCCGGGCGGGCGGCGGCGGCCCCGUCCCCCCGGCCCGGGCGGCGGCGGGCGGCGGCGGGGCGCAGGCCGGCGGCGCUGUACUGCAUGAACGAGGCCGAGCUGGUGGAGGUGGCCCUGGCGGUCCUGGCCGAGAAUCUGCAGUGCGAGGAAGGUGAAGAGAACGCCCGGUCCAGGAGCGAAGAGGAGCAGGAGAUCCCACCAACACCAAAGGAGGUUCCUGGAAGCACGGCCAACACGGAUGGAGGCAGUGACCAUGGUCCGGCACUUCCGUCCCCUCCUGGUGCUGCUGCUGAUGCAAAGAGGACAGGCAGGGAGAACUCUGAGGACGAUGUCCUGAAAUAUGUCAGGGAGAUCUUUUUCAGCUGACAUCUCUGACUUCCCAGGAGAAGAGGGCACAGUGGGGAGGGUGUCACCUCCCACAGCCCUGGGAACGGUGGGAGGAGGGCUGUGCAUCCAUCUGCUGGCUUGGUGCCCUUGUAGCCAGUAGGAUACCCAGGAAGGCCAGAGGGGGAAAGGAAGGAGGUACUCAGUUCUCCCACUCUGCUGGGCUCAGUGGGAUUUAGCUCCAGAUUAGGAUGUGUUCAUUUCUGUUUCACAUUUCAGAGCAUGGACAGAUAAAAGAGAAACAUUCGGGUUUCUGUGAGUAUCCCUUUGGUGGGUUGGUGUUGGGCAUAGAAGGGAGCAGGGAGCUGCUGACCUGGAAGACCUUUGCUGGCAGAGCUACAUGGUCAUGGUUCAGCCUUGGGGGCUCCCUUGUCCUUGUGGUCCCUCUGCCACAGCUGCAGUGGGGCCUGGCAGGCUUCCCAUUGGGCCUGGUGCUGAGUUUGCCUCCAGACUCCAGCAGUCUUCCCAAUGCUGAGGAACACGUGCGGGAGCACAGUGUCAGGGGCUGGGACUGCCCUGAGGGGGCUGAUCCCGUGGCAGCGUGCAUGGAGGUCUAGGAAGGGAUGAAGAUGGCUCAGUAUUCUCUUUCCAAUCAAAAAAAGAAGGACAAACAAACCACAUAAGGCCAGCUGUGAGAGCAUGUAUUGAAAUGAAGAAUUGGUCAAAUCAGCAUCAUCCCCACUAAGGCUGAAGCAAGAGAGAAAACAGACCCUCAUGUCCCUUGAAACAAAUUCACUCAACUGCAAAGAAUAUCACUAUUAAGCAGGCGUUCUUUAUUUACAUAAAUUCACCCAGCCACUGGAUGAAUUAAUGCAGUGUAUACUCACAAAGCUGUUACAUACUCACUAUACAGAAAAAUCAGUAACAUAAAACUCAUGUUUUGGAAGAUGAUUAUACGAACCGGACUUAACUGUUUCAGUCUUUUCUGCCAUCUAGUGUCCUUUAGGGUUUAUUACUAACCCAUGUAGGAGUUUUGGUGGUUGUUUAAUCAUCUGCAUCAACUUGUCCUUUAUUGCACUUUCUUUAUCGGUGCAUGCUCAGUCUGUUACCUUGUUUUCAAACUACAAAACUUUCUUUCUGGUGUUACUUCAGUAUCAUCCUAGAUGGCUUCACAGCCUUGAAGGUUGGUUGUUGAUUGGAAGCCUAUUUAAGUUAUAUGUAUCCUAUGUACUUAUGAAGAAAUUACCUAUUUGGUUACCUUUU